AUGAUCAAGAGACCCAACGAAAGUAGUAAUGAUGAUAAUAAAACUUCUUCUGUCAAAAUUAAUAAAAGGCAACAAACUUCCUUAACUUCUUGGCUCACUCCAAAACCUGCUCCUCCAAUUAAAAUUGAAGAACUUGAAAUUAAAAAUAAGGAAUUGUUAAGUUUAGAAUUGAAAACUAUUAAUAAUGAAUGGUUAAAAGUUUUGCUCAAGGAAAUUCAAGAACCUUAUUUUAUCGAGUUGAAGAAAUUUCUUGAAGAAGAAAAAAAAAAAGGUCAUAAAAUUUUUCCACCUGAACCAGAUAUUUAUAAUUGGUCAAGGAUGACACCUCCAUCUUCUGUAAAAGUUGUAAUCAUUGGUCAAGAUCCGUAUCACGAUGUUGGUCAAGCACAUGGACUUUGCUUUAGUGUACCGCACAAAGUAACACCACCACCCUCUCUUCUCAAUAUAUAUAAAGCAUUGAAAUAUGAUAUUGAAUCAUUUAAAAUUCCAAAUCACGGAAAUCUUUCUAAUUGGGCAAAGGAAGGUGUUUUAUUGUUAAAUACAUCACUUACCGUACGUGCACAUGAAGCAGCAAGUCAUAGCAAUAAAGGAUGGGAAAAAUUUACGGAUGCAAUAAUUCAAUAUCUGAACAAUAAAAAAAGUGGAUUAGUAUUCAUGCUUUGGGGAAAUCAUGCCAUAAAAAGAGGAAAGAAUAUCAACAAGGGAAAACAUUGUGUUCUACAAGCUGUUCAUCCUUCACCAUUAUCUGCGUCUCGAGGUUUCUUUGAUUGUAAACAUUGGUCAAAAGCCAACGAGUACUUGAAGGCCAAUGGUAAAGACGAAAUUAAUUGGAAUUGCUUGGACAAAACUGAUGAUGAUGACAAUAACGAGAAAAAAUGA